UAAUACUAAUAAUAAUAAAAAUAAAAAUUCCUCGACGAACACGAAUGGAGCUACAGCCCCACGGGAUCGCAUAUGACAAACCCAUUGCCGCACCAGUAUGCUAAUUAACCGUCUCUGCAGAAUUUAAAGUUUUUUCGCGUCACAUUUUCUUCGUAGCAAAGCAGCCAGAAAAGAAAUCCCCACCCACACAGAUCUCACCGUCACCCGAAAACACCGAGUUUCGGAAAAUGGCCGGGCGGUUCGGAUUCUCAUCUUCUGCUCCGGCGAUGAUGAUCGUCACCAACACCCCAGCUCCGGAUCUCGCUCUCACCAACCUUGCCUACUGCUCGCCCUCCGAUCUUCAAAACUUCGCCGUCCCUGGAAAGAAGCUUUUUCUCGCUCUGAUAGGAGACUCCUUCGUCCUUUCUGUAUCUGCUCACGACAUCAUAAGAAGUGGACAUAUUGCUCUGAAUGCAACCCAACGUCGGCAUGCGAAAGUCUCUACUGGUGACAAUGUAUCAGUGACCAGGUUUAUUCCCCCCGAGGACUUUUACCUGGCAUUGCUCACGCUAGAAUUGGAGUUUGUGAAAAAGGGUAAUAAAAGUGAGCAGGUUGAUGCUGUUCUCCUGGCUAACCAACUUAGAAAGAGGUUUAUUAACCAGGUUAUGACGGCAGGACAAAGAGUAUCAUUUGAAUAUCAUGGCAAUAAUUAUACCUUUACAGUGAAUCGAGCUGCAUUAGAGGAACAAGGAAAGUCUAAUGGUAUUGAAAGAGGGAUGAUAUCUAAUGAUACAUACAUUGUCUUUGAAACAUCAAAUGCAAGUGGAAUAAAGAUAGUUAAUCAACGUGAAGCUGCCAGUAGUAACAUCUUCAGGCAUAAGGAGUUCAAUCUUCAGUCUUUUGGAAUUGGGGGCUUGAGUGAAGAAUUUGCUGAUAUAUUUCGUAGAGCUUUUGCCUCCCGUGUUUUCCCUCCACAUGUGACCUCUAAACUGGGGAUAAAGCAUGUAAAGGGUAUGCUACUUUAUGGACCUCCUGGUACUGGAAAAACACUUAUGGCCCGCCAAAUUGGCAAAAUGUUAAAUGGAAAGGAACCAAAGAUUGUUAAUGGACCUGAAGUACUGAGCAAAUUUGUUGGUGAAACUGAAAAAAACGUUCGGGAUCUAUUUGCCGAUGCCGAGAAUGAUCAGAGGACUCAUGGGGAUCAAAGCGAGUUGCAUAUUAUAAUCUUUGAUGAAAUUGAUGCUAUUUGUAAGUCGAGGGGAUCAACUAGAGAUGGUACUGGAGUUCAUGAUAGUAUUGUGAACCAGCUCCUUACAAAGAUAGAUGGGGUAGAGUCUCUGAAUAAUGUUUUGCUAAUUGGAAUGACCAACAGAAAGGAUUUGCUUGAUGAAGCCCUUCUGAGACCAGGGCGCUUGGAGGUCCAAGUUGAGAUUAGCCUUCCUGAUGAAAAUGGUCGCUUACAGAUUCUUCAAAUUCAUACAAACAAGAUGAAGGAGAAUUCUUUUCUUGCUCCUGAUGUGAAUCUUCAAGAGCUUGCUGCUCGUACAAAAAAUUUCAGUGGUGCAGAACUUGAAGGUGUUGUAAAAAGUGCAGUAUCAUUUGCUUUGAAUAGACAACUAAAUAUGGAUGAUCUUACCAAGCCAGUGGAUGAAGAGAAUAUUAAAGUGACUAUGGAUGACUUUCUGAAUGCACUUUUGGAAGUUGUUCCUGCAUUUGGAGCCUCCACUGAUGACCUUGAACGAUGCAGGCUAAAUGGCAUGGUGGAUUGUGGUAAUCGACAUGAACACAUAUAUCAAAGAGCUUUGCUACUUGUGGAGCAAGUUAAAGUGAGCAAAGGAAGUCCACUUGUUACAUGCCUUUUGGAAGGGCCUAGUGGCAGUGGUAAAACUGCAUUAGCUGCUACUGUUGGCAUUGACAGUGACUUCCCUUAUGUUAAGAUAGUCUCAGCUGAGACAAUGAUUGGUCUCCACGAGGCCACCAAAUGUGCACAUAUCGUCAAGGUUUUUGAGGAUGCAUACAAGUCGCCACUGAGCAUAAUUAUCCUCGAUGACAUUGAAAGGUUACUGGAAUAUGUUGCUAUAGGACCUCGUUUCUCAAAUUUGAUCUCUCAGACACUUAUGGUCCUGCUUAAGCGGCUUCCUCCUAAGGGGAAAAAGCUUCUGGUUAUUGGAACAACAAGUGAAGUGAGUUUCUUAGAUUCAGUUGGUCUCUGUGAUUCUUUCUCCGUCACUUAUCAUGUUCCCACAUUAAGGACCGAAGAUGCAAAGAAGGUGCUGACACAACUGAAUGUAUUUGCUAAUGAAGACAUUGAUGCAGCUGCAGAGGCACUGAAUGAUAUGCCUAUCAAGAAGCUCUAUAUGUUGAUCGAGAUGGCAGCUCAGGGUGAGGCAGGUGGAUCUGCUGAAGCCAUUUAUUCUGGGAACGAGAAAAUUAAAAUUGGUCACUUUUACGACUGCCUUCAGGAUGUUGUCCGGUAUUAGUUAGCUGGCACAUUUAGGAAUUGAAAACCACAGAUAUCAUACUGUUAUUUGAAUUCCAUCUCAUGGGAUUCUUAUGUAUCCAUAUAGAGCCUCUCCAAUUUUUUUUUUUUUUUUCAAUUGGUUUUCCCUUGAGCGAUUUCAGUAUUGGCAUCAAAUUUUGUUUUUGCUUUAUGGUUGGGGACUGGGGUUAGGCGAUUGGGAGGUUAGAUUGUGUUACCUUAACAGGAUUGUAUUAAGUCAAACUGCUUGGGCCUAGUUUCCUUGAGUUGUUUUUAGGAAAAGGUGCUGGCUAUAUUUUGUGGGUGAUAUUUGCAUUUUAUUGUCUCUUCUGGAGCUGAUUUCCGAAUCUUUGAUAUUUAAAGAUCUAGUGCCUGUUCUUGUAAA